AAACUACACUGAGUUGAAAAACAAACCGAUUCAUUUCAAUAAAAUACAGUUUAAUUUGCAAAGAGCCAUCAACAUCAGUUUUCAGAGACUUUAACACACUUUAUUAAAACAUACGCUACAUUAUACCCCACACAUAUCACAUUGCAAUGUAUUCAGGAGGCAUUAAUAAUAAUAAUCAUCAUAAUAAUAAACAGUCCUGUACUAAAAAUGACAACCGUAUAUCACCAGUUAAACAUUAUUUCGCCAUCCUCACAAAGUGACGGUAAAGCUCCAGUUUUCAGAGAGAGAGAAAUUAUCCCAAAUUUGAAACACUUUGCCCUGACUUCAAAACAUUAAACAAGAAAACACAACUUCAGUAUUUAUUAGGUGAAAAACAAGACAUUGAUGCCGGUCACAAAAAGAGGGAGGAGUAAACAAAUCAUUGAUGAGCACACACACACACACACACACACACACACUCUCUCUCUCUCUCACUCACUCACUCACUCACUCACUCACACACGUUUGUUUUUGUGAAUUGUGGGGACUCUCCAUAGGCGUGAUGGUUUUUAUACUGUACAAACUGUAUUUUCUAUACCCUACACCUAAACCUACCCCUUACAGGAAACUACAGGCAUUUUUACUUACUCAAAAAAAAAAAAACACAUUCUGCAUGAUUUAUAAGCCUUUUGAAAUAUGGGAACAUGGGGAAAUGCCCAUGUCAUUAUACACAUUUGUGUCCUCAUACGCUACAAACGCACACACACACCACUGAAUUUUAAAUUGUACAUAGAAUUGAUUUGUUCUAUUUUAUUUAAUUAUAUAUACAUGUAUUUAUUUAUUUAUUUAUUAAGUUAUUAUUAUUAUUAAUUUUUUUUUAAAUGCAUAUCUGUUAUAGAUUCAACAUAAACACUAUGCUUUGGCAAUACAUGGUAACAAUUGUCAUGCCAAUAAAGCACAUAUUGAAUUGAACUGAAUUGAAUUGAGAGAGAGAGAGAGAGAGAGGGAGGGAGGGAGGAACAGAGUUAAAUAGCAAGAGAAAGAAAGAGACACACACACACACAGAGCGACAGAGCGAGAGACACACAUACAGAGCGACAGAGCGAGAGACACACACUCAGAGAGAGAGAGAGACACACACACACACACAGAGCGACAGAGCGAGAGACACACACUCAGAGAGAGAGAGAGAGACACACACACACAUACAGAGCGACAGAGCGAGAGACACACUCAGAGAGAGAGAGAGAUAGAGACACACACACAGAGCGACAGACACACACAUACAGAGCGACAGAGCGAGAGACACACACUCAGAGAGAGAGAGAGAGAGAGAGACACACACACAGAGCGACAGAGCGAGAGACACACACUCAGAGAGAGAGAGAGAGAGACACAUACAGAGCGACAGAGCGAGAGACACACACUCAGAGAGAGAGAGAGAGACACACACAUACAGAGCGACAGAGCGAGAGACACACACUCAGAGAGAGAGAGAGAGAGACACACACAUACAGAGCGACAGAGCGAGAGACAUACACUCAGAGAGAGAGAGAGAGAGAGAGCGGGAGGGAGGAGAGAGAGGGAGGUCCGAUCCCAUACAAGGCUUGAGCACAGAAGGAAAAAACAAGAGUAUUUGCAGGAUAUUCUCACAGGAUGUGUAGCAGAGCGAGCGAGACGGAGGAGAGCAGCAUGAGUGUGAACAGCAGCGGAGCAGCACACUACUGAGCAUCAUGGGAAGCUGUCUCUGGAUACUGAUGCUCGUGGUGAACCAGGUCUCGCCGUACAGACAUCCAGCAGAGCCUUUAGCCUGUCAAGUGGUCCACGAGGAUGUCGACUGCAGCGGUCUGAACCUCAGAAUGGUCCCGGCACGAUUGCCGGCCUCCAUCCACCUCCUCGAUCUGUCUCGAAACCUCCUGCAGAACCUCACGGACCGGGAGCUUCCAGCACUCUCCGCCGUCCAGCAUCUGAACCUCCACACCAACAAGAUCCAGUUCAUCCAGCCGGGCCUGUUCCAGGACACGAGCCGUUUGGAGGUGCUGGACCUGUCGGGAAACUUGCUGGACCUUCACGCGGCUCUGAAAACCCACGUCGGGCUGCUCAAAUCCGUGCGGCAUCUAGAUUUGUCCGGAAACGGUCUGUUCACGGAUAUGAGCGAUUAUUUCCUGAGCGACGCCCCGGUUCUCACCAACCUCUCUUUAGACGGGAACAGCAUUACUAAAAUAAGCAGGCACACAUUCAACGGAUCUCAGGCUCUAACAAGCAUCGACCUGCACAAUAACGUCAUCAUAGAAAUCGAAGAAGGUGCUUUCGAAUCCCUCACGGGCCUCUCAGAACUCGAUCUGUCGGUGAACUCCAUUUCAUGCAUUACGGAUUUCAACCUCGUUCGGCUCAAAACUCUAAACUUGAGCAAAAACAGCUUGACUAAUUUCCAGACUGUUGAUUCAGAUCUGGAAUUCGAGCUUCUGUAUUUGGACCUGAGGGAAAAUAAAAUCCUCUACUUCCCUGUGCUUCCCCAGAGGAACAAACUCAUGUAUCUGGACCUGUCCAGAAACCUCUUGAGAAGCGUGAACUGCUCCGGUCCGCUAGAAGAGCUGGAGAACCUAAAGGCCAGCGGGUAUCUAUUCACCGACCACGACAAACCCCUUUGCCUUUGCGUCAAUCAGAGGCACCAGGAUCUUCGCAGUUUGCUCUACUUGGAUUUGAGCUACAACCAGCUCAAAGCCAUUCCAUCCUUGUUCUUCAGCAGCAUGGUUUCUCUGGAGAGCCUAAACAUCAGCAAUAACUGUUUAGAGAGCUUCAAUGUGGAUUCAGAAGGCCGUCUGAACUCGUUGAAAACCUUGGACAUCAGCUACAACAAUCUGCAGAACUUGUCCUUCGGUGAAAACACGCUGGCUGCGUUGGAAGUCUUGUACCUUCAGGGAAAUGCUCUGAGCACGCUAGACGCCGGGAUUUUCUCAAGGCUCCCCAACAUACGAAGCCUUCACCUUCAGCAAAACCUGUUUAGCAUCUGUCCUUCUCUCAAGGGUCCAAUGCACAACUGCAUCCGACUGUCCUCUAUCCCGACCCUGAGCUAUCUGUACCUCUCGGAGAACAGUCUUGUAUCGGUUCCACCAAGCGCGUUUCGCGGAAGCCCGCUGCUUAUUCUGGAUCUUUCUCAGAAUCCCGACAUGGGCUUGGGCCCGUACUCUCUCUCAGGUUUGGAGACGACCCUCGCCCAUCUUUCUCUAAGAAGAAACCAGCUCCAAACCCUAGCCAUCGACUUCACCUUCUUCCGUAAACUCAAGUCUUUGGAUUUGUCAGUGAACCGACUCACGGGCGUCUCUCUGUGGAGCGGAGAUUCUUCUGUGGAGUCCUUGAACCUGCAGAAUAACAGUUUGGUAACGCUUGCAUCCGACACGGUUUUUGCUCUGCAGAAAUCGCUCAAGACUUUAUACGUAGGCUCGAACCCCUUGAGCUGCUGCGGAAACCUAUACCUCCUCACAUUGCUUAAGCAGGACAGACUGAACGUGCCGGAUAUCGCCGCUGUGACCUGCUGGUUCACAAGAGACUCAGAGAGCGUUGAGAUCAGCGUGAGCUCCGUGCAAUCCGAGCACUGCGAGUCGGUGGACGGGAAAGUGUUGUGGAUCAGCGUGAUCGUUGCGCUCGUGCUCGGACUGAUGCUGGUGUCGGUGGUCGCCUUGAAACUCUGUCACUCGAAAACUCACGGAUUCAAAAGAGGCAUCAAAGCUUGAGUCAAAAGAAGGAAAAGAAACCAAAGCAUUCUCACCUGACUGUGGUGCUGCAUGCAUGACAGCUGGGUUUCAGUAUGUGAUGCGUGGGUGGAUCUGGAACAAGUUCAGUGUCAAAUCCUGAUCACCAUCCUUUGCAAUCACAUCAGUUUUGCUAUUUAAACAGAAAUGCAUGCAAUAUUCACAGAAUAAACUGUUGAUGGUAAAGCAGUACGUGCUCUUGCAUUCGAAACCAGCCAAAUGCAAGAACACGUCUUGAGCGAGACUGCAGAAACGAUCCCAGACAUAUUUUUGUGCUAAUCUUCUGCAAUAACACUACACUUUCUGAUGCACGCACUUUAUCGAUUGUGAUUGUGAACACGGGAGUGAAAUGUAUAUGCGUAAUGUGAAAACUGCAUCAACAAGUUGCGAACAGAUGCAAGAUUGACUGUAGAGGGUUGUAGAGCGAGACAUGUGAUUGCAGGAGUGUGUUUUCAAUAUGUGACCCUGGACCACAAAAGCAGUCAUAAGCAGCACAGCUAUAUUUGUAGCAAUAGCCAACAAUACAUUGUAUUAAGUAUAUUAAGUAAAGAUCAUGUUCCAUGAAGAUAUUUUGUAAAUUUCCUACUGCAAAUUUAUUAAAACUUAAUUUUUGAUUGGUAAUAUGCAUUGCUAAGGACUUUAUUUGGACAACUUUAAAGGCGAUUUUUCAUAUCUCAACCAAAUAUUGUCCUAUCAUAACGAACCAUACAUCAAUGGAACGUUUAUUUAUUCAGCUUUGAUGCUGUAUAUAAUUCUCAAUUUCAAAAAAUGGACCCUUAUGACUGGUUUUGUGGUCCAGGGUCACAUAUGUGUAUGUUGUGCAUUAGCCGAAGGAAUUUCAUCAGCCGGAGGAAGUGUUUUUACUGGAACACCUGCAGCAAAGCGUCUCUCAGCGUCGCUUUCCUGUUGUUGAGCUCAGUUUCCUAUCAGUGAAUGCUGCAUUGCAUUCACCGUGAUGAUUUAUUCAUUCAGUCUCUCUCAGUGACACUGAGUUAGGCUGGUGAUCAGGUUCAGCUCCGCUCUGAACACACACAUAAACACACCGGCUGCGAUGUUUGUUUGGUCAGUCGGGUCUUUUUUUAGAUAUUUCCAGCCCAGAGUUGAAAUAAGUUUGACCCUGGAGUCUAUAUCAGGCGUGGAUAAAGAUAGACAGGAAAUCCUUGUUGAGGGAAGCGCACAUCAUCACCGCAGAUAUUAAUAGAGGUUUGUUUCAGAGCUGUUGACGUGCUCAUGACAGCAGCUUCCUCCUGUCAUUCUGAGUCACGGCCACGCCCCCUUCUGCUUUCCAGCUACAUAUGACAAAGCCGCAGAAGCCACACACACACACACACACACGUACGUCAUGUAUGAGCAGCCACUACACACCACUGCUAUAUGAAGGAACUAUUACCACAAUGUUUGUAUAAUGUACUACUGUGUAAAUCUAUUUAUGAAGUAUUUUCCUAAAUAAAACGUCUCUUGUUA